AUGUAUGCAGCGGCAUUCUGGCGGACACUCUUACCCCGCUCUCUCUUUACGCUGACAUCCCUGAGCGCCGCGAACAUGGCAAAUGGCAGUCCGAGCAUCUCCGCAGACGACGCCGCGAAACUGCGUCGGCAUCCGAAGUACUGGCUCGAAGACGGCUCGCUCGUCGUGCGCACUCAGGGCGAUCUCUUCAAGGUCCAUAGAACGCUCCUUCAACGACACUCUCCCGUAGUAUCGUCUCUCGCAGAAAACGCGUCGCGAGAUGAGGCCGCGCGCACGGAUGGCUGCCCGACGCUGCACGUACCGGACGAGCUGGGUGUGGAGAGUGCCGACUUCGAGACAUUGCUCGAGCACCUGUACCAUGAUGUCCCAUUAGGACGUGACGCGCCGUUCCCUCGAACUGCUUCGAUACUGCGAGCGUCGUCGAAGCGCCAGCUCGACUUUCCUCUACUGCACCAGCUCGCACGUCAGAGACUAGAGAGCAUGGUGCCAUCUGAUCCAACCGCUUUCUACGAAGUGCAGCAACCGGAUCACAUGCUCACGCUUGCCGUCGAUUACGACGUCUAUACGAUACAGAAGGCCCUCUUCUACACGAUCGCUACGCAUGCGAACCUCCAACAUGACGAACCUGAAGGCCUCGCACCCGGGGUCAGUGUCCCGCAGGAUGCACAGCCCGUAGACUCGGCCCUCGCCAACCAAUUCACCCUCUCUCCCGAGCUCACAAAACGGUGUCAGAAGCUCCUAGAUGACCUCGUCGCGCACUUCACACCGAUCCUGUUCACCGUCGCGACCGCAGGACACAUGGCGUGCACGGACGUCUUUGCAGAGCAGUGGAUGUCGCUCGUCAUCCAGCCUGCGCUGGAGAACAGCGGACUGUGUCGGCCGAUCGAGACGCUGCAGACGAUCAUUGAUCUGGACUGGAAGGCGCAGGGUCUCUGUGAUGAGUGCGUGUCGGAGAAGAGGGAGGAGUGGCGGGAUGAGCAGAGGGCGGUUUGGGAGAAGUUGGACGGAUGGCUUGGUUUGACGGGAAAGCAAUGA